AUGGCUACAAUUACCAGGUCUCCCUCUCGUGGGUCGGCCGAUGGCGGCCUCGCAGAUGAGCAAACGCCCCUCCUCCGCGAUAUUGACAACCCGACCACGUCUGCCCAUAACCCCUCUAGAGAAGAGGAGGACGAGGAGCGAUCUGGGGAACAAACCAUCAUUCCCGACCAACCUUCCAAGAAGCUGCUCAUUAUCACGCUCGGCGCCAUCUACGUUGGUGUAUUCCUAGGGGCGCUUGAUAGCACUGUCAUCGCUACGCUCUCUGCACCUAUAUCAACUUCCUUCAACAGCCUCUCUCUCCUCUCAUGGCUUGCCUCGGCAUAUUUAAUCGCAAACGCGGCUUGCCAACCCCUCGCCGGACGGCUUACCGAUAUUUUCAGUCGGCGGACAGGACUUCUUGUCAGCAAUGUGCUAUUCGCGGUGGGGAAUUUGAUAUGCGGAUUAGCAGGCGAUGAAUGGGUCAUGAUUGCGGGAAGAGUAGUCGCUGGCAUGGGAGGAGGCGGCUUAAUGGCUAUUAGCACAUUUGUUGGCAGCGAUCUGGUGCCGCUGCGAAGGAGAGGUUUCAUCCAAGGCAUAGGAAAUAUUUGCUAUGGAACCGGAGCAGGAUUGGGAGGCAUUUUUGGAGGAUGGGUCAAUGACGUUUGGGGGUGGAGGGUUGCAUUUCUUGCACAAGUUCCGCUGGUGGUCAUAUCGGGGAUAUUGGUGUUCAUGACAGUUAAUAUCCCCCCCAAGAAGUCGGAGAAGUCAAAGCUCUCUAGAGUUGACUUCUUGGGCGCCUUCACCCUUGUCGUUACGCUGGUGCUCUUUUUACUUGGCCUCAACUCAGGUGGGAACAUAGUGCCGUGGUCACACCCACUGGUCACUUCUUCCCUGGUGCUCUCCGCUGUCUUCUUGGUGGCAUUCAUCUACAUUGAAGCGCGGAUUGCUUCUGAGCCUGUCAUCCCAGUCAAGCUUCUACUGAACCGCACGGUGGCGGCUGCUUGCCUCACCAACUGGUUCAUCGCAAUGGUGGUAUUUGCUAUCCUCUUCUAUGUUCCAAUCUUCUUCCAGGUCAAGGGGCUCAGCACAACUGCAGCAGGGAUGCAACUAAUCCCUCAGUCCAUCGGCGCCUCUGUCGGUUCUCUCUUGUGCGGCUUCGUUAUGAACCACACAGGAAAAUACAGACUCCUAUCCUUCGCUAUCCUCGGCUCCUUUGUCCUUGGCACAGGCCUCAUCUGUACCUUGACAUUUGAUACCCCCAACUGGCCAGCCUUCAUAUACCUUUUUCUCAUUGGCACUGGGUAUGGUGGAACUCUCACUGUCACCCUCCUAGCCCUCAUCUCCGCAGUUUCCCACGAUCAUCAAGCCGUCAUUACAUCUGCGUCGUACGCCUUCCGUUCUACAGGCUCUACUAUAGGUGUUACAAUUGCCAGUGCCGUCUAUCAAAAUAUUCUAGUCAGCAGUCUCCACCAGCGCUUCGAUGGGCGUGAAGGCGCCGCAGAGGAAAUUCGGCGGAUAAGAGAUAGCUUUGACGAGCUGAAACACCUCCCUCCUGGUUGGAGACAAGGCGUUCUUGAAAGUUAUGAGCUGAGCUUUAGGGGCGUUUUUCUGACGGCUUUCGGCCUUGCAGUUACGGCGUUUGUAUGCGGGGCUUUUAUGAGGCAGCAUACGCUUCAUACCAGUUUGUCGAGGAACGCGAACUAA